UCCUCUGCUUAGGCAACUCUUCACCCUCAGAAAAUCUCCGAUCACUGCUUCUGUUCAUUCAGGUAGUAAUAGAUAAAAUUUAAGACUCAUGAUGGUGACAAAAAGUAGGCGUUCAGCCCUAUUAAUGUUAGUGGAGGAGAGGUUAUUGAAGAACAAAACAGAGGAAGAGGAAAAGCAAGCGCAGUUGUCAUAUAUCCAUAAGGACUGUAUCUCGAACAUCCUUGCACGGCUUCCUGCUGAUUCUCUUCAUAGGUCGAGGUUUGUUUGCAAACCAUGGUAUAAUGUAGUUCAAAACCCCAAAUUCAUUGAUGCUCAUCUCCAACGUUCUGAAUCUGUUUUGAUCUUUUUAAAACCAAAUGUAAAGGAAAGUUUGCACCCUAUAUCUAAGAAGCUAAAAUUGGGAGAAAAUGAAAGCUCAUACCCUUAUCCUAUGACAUCUACCCUACAGGAGAACCGAAACACAGUUCCAGUUGAAUCAAAACUUCUUGACCCAAACAAUGUCCCUAUGUUUGGUCACCCAGCCUUAACUUCUCCAAAAAGCUCUGUUCAGUUUAUGGAAUUUAAAAAUGGUGGGAGUGACAUAGUAGAAUACAGUUUAAGCUGCUUAGGCAAUAAUAUUAGAGCCACCUGCAAUGGUCUAAUAUUGCUUGACAACAAAUUGAAGAAGGGAGGGGUUAUAGUCUUGAAUCCUGUGACUAAGAAGGUGACUGAUCUUCCUGUGGGUACCUUGUGUCAUCAAGAAUCAUAUGGUUUUGCAAUGAGUCAUGUAACUGCUGAGUAUAAAGUAGUCCACUUGUUUCUGGAUCGGUUGGGGUUCGCUGGAUGUGAGAUAUUGAGCCUUCAUAAAAAAGCAUGGAGAGGGGUCAAUGGUCCUUCUUUCGGGCUCUUUAGUAAUCAUCGGUUUGGAUAUGCACCUGUUUCAGCAAUCGGAGCUUUGCACUGGAUGCCUCAUUUGAAAGGAAGCAAUUACAUAGUGUCCAUGGAAGUUGAUAAGGAGACGUUUCACCAAAUACCUCUCCCUAAGAGUUGCGGAUUUCAUGAUAGGAUUAUUGAAAUUGGUGGCUCUUUAGGUCUUGUCACUCACGAGGACAUCAACCACAUUGACAUUUGGAUCUUGAAGGAUUUAUUUGGGGAAGGGUGGACAAAGCAACACAGUAUCACAGUGGAUACCAAAACAGACAUGGUUCCCCUUUGCAGUUUAAGAAUUAAGGGAGAUAUUAUUUUCUGUAGAAUGAAAGGCAACUCCUUGUAUGCUUUUGACUUCCAACAGCAACAGAUGACAGAGAUUGGGAAGGUUAAUUCUUCUGUCAAAUACCUGCCUCAUGUCAAUAGCCUUGUUACUUGGGUGCAAGCAAGUGAGGACAUCUUUGACUAACAUGCAGCAAUUGAGUAUGAUUUUCUAUAUGCUUGAAUUUCUCUCUAGUUUUAUAUGCUUAGUUGGAACUUGAAUUUUCUUCUCUCUAUAUGUAUAUAUAGCUUCUCGUGUAUAAGAUUGAAUCGCCCUUUCUAUUUGGGAAUAUAUUAUCCAUUUUCCUAU